CUAUCAUUGACAUCUGUACUCUAUACACACUCACUGCCGCAUUUAUAUCUCGUGCCGAGAAAAAGGUUGCAAGGUGGAAGGUCGACGACAACAAUAACGACUAUUUCGAAACAACAUCCUUACUUCUCCAUUUUGAAACAGAACAAAUACCUCCAAAGGCUGUGAAAUUUAAUAAAGACCUUUCGGUUUUUUCAUUUACCCUAUAAAAGAUACAACUACUAGCGUAAUCAAUAAACUUUAUGGACGAAGAAACCGACCUCGCUUUGUUGGAUCAACAUCUCCUCAAAACAAACCAGCUUGGGCAACGUAUGACAAAUAUACUUGGCCAGCUUGACAAUAGGUUAUACAGGCUAGACAAGGCCAUUGUUCCGCUUGGAAUUCAACCAUUGACAAGGAAAGAUGCCAAUAUAGACGCCCUACUCAGCUACUUGUCAGGAAAACCGGUCGCUUCGACUCCAAACUCUCGUCCAGCCGCUAACAGACAAGCUUCCACAUCCAGCACUACCAAAGGCUACUCUGUGGAACCCGCUUCUGCUAUUCCGCCCCAUGUGACCGCUUCUACAUCUUCCAAGCCCCCUUCGCGCUCCACAACCCCUACAGAUGAUGUCGUUCUCCUGACAAGAGGACCUGAUAUUAUGGCCUUGGGGGAAUACUUUAGUGCGCUGGAUGGGGUCAUCGAUGAUUUGGAGAGGAUGUAUAAAGGCUUGAUGGAGGGUAGGGGUGGAGCAAGAGAAGCGGGUGUCAAAGAUCUAACCCAGUUGGUGGAGACUGGUUUCAGGUCGAUGACACAACUUUUCUUGAAGCUUUCUAAAGACGGUAUGGGAAGAACAUUUGAUGUCGAUACUCUCCUCAACAACGGUCCUCCCACCCCUCCUAACCUUUUUCCAUCUCUCAACACCCUUCUACCUUUGACCACAAAGAUGACUGUCUAUCUAAAUCCUGCAAACCCUACUCCAAAGACUCUGAGUAUUAUCCAGCCCAUAUUUGAAGAUGCCGUUUCCCAAUUCGCAAGGCUGAGAGGAGAUUGGAUGUGCAGAAGCUUAAAUGCGCUGGCGAUCAAAGUGGAAGAGGCCGAUGAAGGAGGCAUUUGGGAAAACCAGGGUGGCAGAGGGAAAGUUGGCAAUAUCAUGAGUAUCUGGGAGGCUAUUAUGCACGCUGCAGAAGGGGAAACGAUGCUUGCCGAGUCCCUUUUCCCCAACCACCCACCUCAAACAAUCCUCACUCAGACUCUAGCAUCUCCCAUAACACUCGCCAAUAAGGCCCUCUCUCCCACGUUAUCUACUCUGAAGAAAUAUCUCUCCAGACAUACAUUCACCGCUCUCGACCUUUAUGCAUCUGUCUCGCGCUUAUUACCGCAAUGGGAUCACAUCAUGUCUUCCUGCCUUUCACGUCUCGGUACACCCCAAUCACCCGCCACCACUGAACUCGUCACUGCCCUUGAUCAAUCGGUUAACACUCUCCGUUCUCUCUCGCUCCGUUCAUUCCCGGAGAUGCUCGUUGACGUCCGUUCCGCGACGACGGAAGGGCCGCCCACUUCAGUAAUCAGCGAUAUCACGUAUUCUACAAUCACUUACCUUGAGAGCUUGAUGGAAUAUGAGCAAGUUGUGGAAGGAUUGUUGGGGAAAAGCAAAUCCGAGAGAAGCUGGUUAAUGGGGUUGAAUGAGUUGCCGAGUAAUGUGAGAAGUGCAGAUGAGGAGGGUGGGAUCGUAAAGUUUUUCGUGGCGGAUGUUUUGGGCACAUUGUUGAAUCACCUGCAUGCAAAGGCAAAGGGGAUGAAACGACCCAUAGGCCAGGCUUUUUUGCUCAACAAUGUCUCACAUAUACGUAACAUGUUGAUUAUCCAGUCAAAUUCGGAUAUCACCGGUCCAGGUGCCGAAGCCAUGUUAAACAAGGCUGUGCGAGAUGCCCGAACCCAAUUCAUUUCCGAAUUCCAAUCACUCACUUCUCUUCUCACUUCAGCACCCCACUCUCACACUCAACGAUUCGCCGUCCCUCAGCUGCCUACUUCAGAACGACAUAACUUGAAAGAAUCUUCUAUUGCGUUCUUCGAGAGACUUGGCGAGCUUGAAGGGGUGAUGGCGAGGUAUCCGCUUAAUAGGCAAGAUCCAGAAAUGAGAGAUUCAGUGGGCAGGGAGGUGGAAGGUGUGGUGAGGAAGGGAUAUGAGGCGUUUGCGGCGAGAUGUCAGAGUAAGGGGGCGGAGAAGUAUGUGAGGAGCUCACCGGAUGAGGUCAGCAGAAGGGUGCAAAGCAUGUUCCGCUAAAUGAUUCAUUGUGGUUUUAAUGAAGCUGCAGAUAUUGCUAAAUGUGCAUCACUUGUUUGUAUGGACAGUAUUCCUUCAUGGCUCGAAAGGCUAGUAUAUGAUUAUCAAAAAUGAGUAAGCUGCAGGCAGCGGCCACAUCAAAUGAUGGCUAUCAUAAGAAGGCGAUAAGCACCAUGAUGAUGCUCACAGCACUUUACAGACCCUCCUGAGCCAUGAAUAUUCUUUUUGAAGCUGUCCUAUGACCUGUUCUAGAAUAUCAUCGGUA